CUGGUUGGUCUCUGCCUAGCAUGGGGGGGCUUUCUCCCCGAAAAAGCAGCGUGCUGGAACUUGGCCCCACAAGAAGCAUUCCCCAACAGAAGCAGGUUUGAGGGACCCAAUCUUAGGGUGACUCUCCUGGCUGAAGCUUCACAUCCUUCCUGCUUCCUAGGUUAAGGCAGGAUCAGCCUUCCAGAUGUUCGCUGGUGCUCAGCCAGGGCCCCACCUGAGAGAACAGAAUGCUUAAGUUCAGGCCUGGGGCCUGUGAACGCCCCCACACGUGGCCCACCCGAUACUGCCACCUCCUCAUAACCGUGUGUGGGCAGGACACCAAACAAUGCCAGUAUGGACAGAAUAGCUUAUGAUGCUUAUCCCCACCCACCACUUCCGAGACAUUGAGCGGAAGCCAGAAUACCUCCAGCCGGAGAAGUGCGUCCCACCUCCCCACCCCGGUCCUGUGGGAACCAUGUGGUUUAUCCGCGACGGCUGUGGCAUUGCCUGUGCCAUUGUCACCUGGUUUCUGGUCCUUUACGCGGAGUUUGUGGUCCUCUUUGUCAUGCUGAUUCCAUCCCGAGACUAUGUGUACAGCGUCAUCAACGGAAUCGUGUUCAACCUGCUGGCCUUCUUGGCCCUGGCUUCCCACUGCCGGGCCAUGCUGACGGACCCCGUGAGAACCUGCACGGAAAUGGCCUUCACUUUGUUUGGGCGAGGCUCGCCUUUUCCUGAAAAGCUGGACAAGCCUGUUUCAGGCCGCAGCAAGUGCCUCUUGGGCGCGGUGCCCAAAGGAAACGCCACUAAAGAAUUCAUCGAGAGUUUACAGCUGAAGCCCGGGCAGGUGGUGUACAAAUGUCCCAAAUGCUGCAGCAUUAAGCCCGACCGAGCCCACCACUGCAGUGUUUGUAAGCGGUGUAUUCGGAAGAUGGACCACCACUGUCCCUGGGUCAAUAACUGCGUCGGCGAGAACAACCAGAAGUACUUUGUCCUGUUUACAAUGUACAUAGCUCUCAUUUCCUUGCACGCCCUCAUCAUGGUGGGAUUCCACUUUCUGCAUUGCUUUGAAGAAGACUGGACAAAUCAGCAGCAAGCCUACAGACUGCCCAGGGAAGGGACAGCAGAGGCCCGAACCUCUCUUCAUGAAAUAAAGCAGCCCCUUAAAAGCUCCACAGAGUGCAGCUCCUUCUCGCCACCCACCACGGUGAUCCUCCUCAUCCUGCUGUGCUUCGAGGGCCUUCUCUUCCUCAUUUUCACGUCAGUGAUGUUUGGGACCCAGGUGCACUCCAUCUGCACAGACGAAACGGGCAUCGAGCGCCUCAAACGAAAGCACCAGCCCAGGGAGCGCAGGGCCAGCUGGAAGUCGGUAAAGGAGACCUUUGGUGGGGACUUCUCCCCGAACUGGUUCAACCCCUUCUCCCGACCGUGCGACCCAGAGCCUCUCAGUGACAGGGACUGGGUGCGGCAGGUGGCCUCGCUGUCCGACAUGGACAACACGGAGACGACAGAGGAGCAGUCGGAGGAGAGGAAGGAUGAGGACUCUGUGGAGGUGAUAGAUGAGUGAAGCUGCCGUGGAGGGAGGGCCGGACACUGAGAAGCCGCUGGCGACCCCGGCUGCGGGUGUCAUGGCCACGGCGUGUCGUGAUGCGCCACCCUGCACCCCUGCACCCCACCGCUCCCUGCGGACCCCUCGCUGUCAUCGCCAGCCCCUCUGCCCCCUCCUAUCUCCCCAGGCCGGGGGGGGGGGGCUGGAUGGAGGUGACGAGAGACUCUCGGGGUCCAUCUAAGAAGAGUCUGCCCAGAGCGGGAUUGUCUGUUCUUCCAGAGGGUCCUUUGUGACCGGCACGGCCCGGCCAGCAAAGGACGCUCUAAACUGGGCAGCCCAGGGGCAGGAAGGAACUUGCCUUUGGAUUUUCCUGGGAUGUCUGUCUCUUCUUGGGAAGGUUGGCGCCCUGGCUCCUGACUUUUGAGAACAAAGGCCAUGAUGUUGUGACGGGACAGGGCAGGGCUGGCCUCGGGGCCUGGGGUAGACACUGACACCAGGAGAGACCAGCCUCGAAAGUUUGCAGAGGCCCAGCUGCUCCCAGAAAGGCUUCCCUGAGCCUGUCUACACAGAAGAAGGGCAGGGCUGCCACAGCAGCUGGCACGGGCCAGGCUGGGUCUGAGCAGGGCCCCAUGCCCCAUACUGGGCUGCGCGCACACACGUACGUGCGACACGUGCCCGGGGUUGGAAACACGGGUUCUGACUGUAACUGUGUCGGGACAGUGGCACCAAAACUCAGCUCCCUUUCCAUCCCAAAGAUGCUAGAAUUGUCACGGAGCCGGGCGGCUUGGAGCCAUCCUGCCUUGUGGCUACAGGUCUGUCCAUUCACAGACAGGGACGGGGGAGAGGACCUAUUCAGAGCUGCUGGGGACUCUCUGACCGCCCCCCUGAGAGCUUAAUUAACUUUCCCUCUGGAGGGAGUCUAACAACCCAGUUGUGCAGAACUGACCAGAAAUCUGGCCCCUGUGUUUUAGGCCAGGUCUCCUAAGAUAGGGUCCAACUUGUCUCUCUGAAGGGUGGGUAGUGGCCAGGGCUUGCAGAUGGAUGGACCGGGAAGACCAGACAGACGCACAGACUCACGAGCACACGCGCACGCACACACACCGCACUUUGCCAGGAUGAGCCUGGACCCCGGCCACUCCGUGUGAAGCCUGAAGUGUCCGUGGCCAUCACUGAAGGCCUUGGCAGGGGUCCUGGGGCUCUGAGACCCCAUUCCAACAGGUGCCGAAGAGGCGUCUUCCACACAAAGUCCUACCGAAGGGUUCGGGUCUCAGUCUGGUGUUAAGAAUGGAUUCACCACCCCAACUCCCCUAAGUAAACCUUGGUUCUCUCUGGCCCGUCGUCCCAGGGUCAGCGGGCACCAGCAUGGGAGGAGGGCUCGGGCACCGAGGCACAGCCUGCCCGUGCCAGGUCUCUGUCCGGGGCUCCAGGCAGAAGAGCAGGAGCCCCUCCACCGCCCCCAGAGGGCCUAUAGCCCCAGUUAAGUGGGGAAGAAGGUCAGAGUUUGGAGGCACAGCCCAGGUCGCUUAGGAAAGAAGCUUGUGGGAACCGUAGGAAAGAGGAGGGCCAGGCAGCGGCCUAGUUCUCAGGCAGCAACUGUGAAGGGCAGUGACUCUUGUCACAGAGAGACCCCCUGUCUGCAGUUAAUGACCCACCAGGCCCCAAGGCUAACUGCUCAGAGGGGCUGGUGUUCACAUAGCCACCUGUCUUAAUCUCAGCUCAGAGCCCUUGGAAGAUGUCCCGUGAGGGGGGUGAUGGCAGGGCUCUCGCAGUGACAGAGCAACCGGAAAGGCCCGGACCUUCCACACCCAGGCUGUAGCCCUAUCCUCUUGGUCCACAUCAGCUUUAAUAUUUAUUAAUGACAACGUCAGGAGCCCUGGUCAGCUCCGAAGGCCGUUACCUCGCACUCUGGGCAGGCCACGGCCACUUGCCACUUUGGGAGAGCCGUUCUAAGAUCACAAGAGGCCUGCCAUUUGCUGUCCUGCCCGGAAGGCAGGCAGACUGCAUACCAAAGACUGCACACUGCGGCAUCACCCCUGGAGGGCAGUUAGAAUAAGGGAAGAGGGUUCCCCGGUCGCUGCUGGCAGGCCCAUGCUCAGAGGGGUGUUGAAGCGCCUGCUCGGGGCCAUUGGCCUGAAAGCAGAGGCACCCGGCAACCCCAAAGCCAGUUCUGUCUCUGGCUGUGGGAGACGUGUCACCUGCGGUCAGACUGGCCUCCCCAACGCGCGAGCUCCUCUCGUGCUGGCCCUCGGCCAUGGCAGAGCCCGUUCUGGGGGCGCAGACGCGUCCGACCCUGAGCUCCCCCCACACCACUGACAAGCGGCCUGCCCUCCGCGGCGGCUGUCGACAGCAUAACGCUGUGCUUGCCUCAAACUAACGGGAUCGUAACUUGUCCACACAUGACGAGGACCACGGGGAGGGAGGCUGGGCGCAAGCUUCCACCUCGUGCUCUGGAAUAAAAAGCUCUUUGCUCGACCUUGGUGGCUGGAGUCUCCUGUCUUUGGCAGAAGAUCCCGGUCAAGAUCUCUGGGCAGUGUCCUCCCUCUUAGGGCAGCUCGAGGGCACCUCUAAGGAGGUCCCUUUUCUCCAUUCCCAGUGUGGGACACAAGUGAAUGUCACAGGCACCAAGUGAUGCAUGGAGAGUUACUAAGAUCUCUCUGGGUCAUCUCCUGGGUGGCAUUUC